UUGCAGGCAAUGUAUUUUUUUUUCCCAACACAUUGAUGCCUGUUUAAUCGAACUGUUCAAUGAGUGCUUUUGUCACGCUUUGAAUCAGAUCAUCAGGCUGACAUUUUUUCGCUCUCUCCAGGCUGACCUGAACAGCGGCGGGAUGCUGGAUGAGCCGGGUUCAUUCUACGGUGUAAGCAGCCAGUACAGCAGCAUGGAGAACAUGACUAUUACAGUUUCAACUAAAGUGUGCUCAUUCGGCAAACAGGUGGUAGAGAAAGUUGAGACAGAGUACGCCCGCAUGGAGGGAGGGAAGUAUGUUUACAGGAUCCACCGCUCUCCUAUGUGUGAAUACAUGAUCAACUUUAUCCACAAACUCAAACACUUACCUGAAAAGUACAUGAUGAAUAGCGUUCUUGAAAACUUCACUAUCCUACAGGUGGUGACGAACCGUGACACCCAGGAGACCCUGCUCUGUAUAGCGUUUGUUUUUGAGGUUUCCAAUAGUGAACAUGGAGCGCAGUAUCAUGUCUACAGACUUGUAAAAGACUAACAGCUCGUAAAGAUGGUUCCGGAAAAAAGAGACUCAGCGCGACGCAAUCUCUCUACAACCACCUCAACCUUCCAGGAAAAAAAAAAAAAGACCACAGAAACCUUCAAAAAUGCGACAAAAGACUAACAUGGACACAGUUUAUGCUUUAAGUACGUGAGGGGAAAAAAAUAAACAUCAGACAUGCCAACAUGGAACAAAAUUGUGAAGAACUUUGGAUAGAGAGCUGUUUUUUUUUAUGUGAUUAAACAAGAUGAAGUGGGUCACUUAGUGUUUGAUGAAGAUUGCCACGUUUAAUUUAGGGAUGAAGAAUGUGUUUGAGGUUGAAAGGCUCCCUGCGUUAGCAGAGAAAUGCAUAUGGCCUGAAAUGUGGAGAGAUUUGGACCAGAGAACGGGAAGAAAUGGUGGAAAGUUGUUUCGGUUUGUUCGUACAGCAAGUGCCUUUUUCUAACCAAAGGUUUUACCAUUGCCUGCCACUUUGGAUUGCCUUUUUUUCUUUUUUUUUUUUUUUUACUACCUCUUGUUUUUGAAUGAGCAAAAGACGUUCAUACUGGUGUGUUUUGUUACAAAAGAUAUCGAAAACCUGAUCGACAUCUGUGAGGGCAGAGGGGCACAGAGGAAUGGGAUAACUAAUUUUCAUGUUGCCUAAUUUACAAACUAUGACAGAAAAAAAGAAAGUGUAAACAAAAUGUUUAACAGUCCGUCUGUAACAGGGGAAUACUGAUACUGUUGCUGUGUUAUUGUAGUUCUGCGUAUGUUUUUACAUCUUAACACAGUUUAAAAUCAGGUCUUACUAGAAUCUAGCUGUUACUGACGUCCAACUCUAGGGAUGUCUUGUAUCUUUGCAAUUUUGACAGGAAUCCAGGGCUUUGCCUUCCUUGUGAGAUCCCUGUUAUUUCCUGCUGUUUGAAGACGUGUGCUCAGAUGCACUUAUUGAAAAAAAAAAAAA